CAAUUCUACAAGAGAAUUAUAAUAUGCUUGGUUUAUCAUGCAUUGUUUUCUUUAACUUUUUUCUUGUUCAUGGACUAACUACUUCUUCAAGUUUAACCCAGAAGGGUGUCUGGAGAAGAGCUUUCAAUGGAAACCAGAUAGUAAGGAAACAGGAGGGCUCAGAACAUUUACAUCUUCAUCCUAUUCAGCCCCGCCAGCAGCAUGGUAUACAACACCAGGAAAAUUUAAUAGGAAACACGGUUCUGAAUAAUAAUGAAUACAAGGACAAGAAUGAAGCUUAUCCAAACAUCUUUAAUCUACUCACGGAUGUUGCAUUCAGAAAUAAAGGAUUUGUUCAAGAGAAUUUAGAAAGUGAGUUGAUGCACAGUGUGGAUAAGAAAAAUGUUAAACGAGACAGGACCCAACUGCGUCUAUCACUAUCCAACAACCUAGAUAUUCUCAGAGAAAAAUUAUUAAAAGAAAUAUCAAGGAAGAGCAUGAAUGAAAUUCAGGAAGAAGAUGGAUUGAAUGGCGGGGAGGAUGCAAGGAUUGUCCACUGGAAGAAAAUGAAAGCAAUGAUACAAAAGAUGAAGAUGGGAGGAUUCCAGGAGCAAAGAGCAGUUAGAGCAAAUAUUCAGAGAAGAUUGUACAGGCUGGCCCCUUCUUCUAAACCUAUCCAUAGUCUGGGAAAGUAGGAUGUAUAAACUGGAUAUAUCCAACCCUUGGUUAAUUCUUGAUACUGACAAUAUUAAACUACAUGUUAAAUACAUGUGUAACAUAUAAAAGCUAUUAUUAUGAAAAAUUCAACAAAUAAAUUGAGAUUAAAUUUCU